AUGCUCCCCACCCCCACCUCCGCUGCCCCAUCCCCUCCACACACACCCCCUCCCCACACCCCCCUCCCAUCGUGCUGCCCGCCCCUGAGUCUGGAGCAGCAGCAGCAGUGGAAGCCCGACUGCCUGCCCCUCGCCUCUCAGUGCGGGACUACAGCAGCGGAGAGCGGAAUGGAGACGGAAGGGAGCCAGAGCAGCACGGACAACUCCCCCCACGACCCCUGCAAAAUGUUCAUCGGGGGUCUGAGUUGGCAGACAACACAAGAGGGCUUGAGGGAGUAUUUCUGUAAAUUCGGCGAGGUGAAGGAGUGCAUGGUGAUGCGGGAUCCCGUUACCAAGCGGUCGAGGGGGUUCGGCUUCGUAACGUACGCAGAACAGGCCGGCGUGGAAAAGGUUCUGGCGCAAAACAGACACGAGUUGGAUUCCAAAACGAUCGACCCAAAGGUGGCAUUUCCCCGCCGCGCUCAGCCUAAGCUGGUGACGAGGACAAAGAAGAUCUUUGUCGGAGGACUGUCUGUCAAUACCACCAUCGAAGAUGUGAAGCAAUACUUUGACCAGUUCGGAAAGGUCGACGAUGCCAUGCUCAUGUUCGACAAAACAACCAACAGACACAGAGGUUUUGGCUUUGUCACCUUUGAGAAUGAAGAUGUGGUGGAGAAGGUGUGCGAGAUCCACUUCCACGAGAUCAACAACAAAAUGGUGGAGUGUAAGAAAGCUCAGCCCAAGGAGGUGAUGACACCAACAGGCUCAGCCAGAGGCCGCUCCAGAGUGAUGCCUUAUGGGAUGGAUGCUUUUAUGCUGGGCAUCGGCAUGUUAGGUUACCCAGGUUUUCAAACUACCACCUACACCAGCCGUAGUUACUCCGGAAUUGCUCCUGGAUACACUUAUCAGUUCCCAGAAUUCCAUUUAGAGAGGACCCCCCUCCUGACAUCAUCCCAUCCCCCUGAGCUGGCAGCCAUCCCUCUGACUGCAUAUGGACCAAUGGCAGCCGCAGCAGCCGCCGUAGUUCGAGGCUCCACCCCUUCACGCACAGCUGGCUUCCUGGGCACGAGCAGCCCAGGACCAAUGGCUGACCUGUAUGCCGCAGCCAAUCAGGACUCAGGAGUCAGCAGCUACAUCAGUGCCGCUAGCCCCGCGCCCAGCACAGGGUUCGGCCAUGGUCUAGGGGGUCCCCUGAUUGCUACCGCAUUCACUAAUGGCUACCACUGAGAAAACUCAGGUCACUGAGGAUUGGAGGAUUUCUCCUCUGCUGUUCAGCUAAUCAGAAUGCUGGCUGCCCAUUGAUGGCACAACCUGAUUGGCUGACCACACACUCUACCAGGCUGACCUGGCUCCACGUGGCUCCACCCACCGACUGAAUAUCUUUUUAAAACCAGAACUCUCGUUUUGCUGUACUAAUCUCACUUCAACAUAACUCUCCCAUUUCUCCUCUUUUGUCCUCAUGUAGUGUAACAUUUAGACGCCCCCCCCCCUCCCAACUCAAUUAAUCUUCUUAUUUUUUCUUUGAAGCUGAGAGAAAACUGCAAAAAAAAACAAAAAAAGAAAGAAAAAAAAACUGAGAAACCGUUUGUCAUCUUUGGGUCUUUGAGCAAGACACAGAGAAAUAUUUAGAUUUUUUUUAUUAUUGUUUAAUUUUAAUGUGAUAUGUCAUUUUAUCAUGAAAUCCUUCAAAGCUGUUACUGAUGUGAACACAUAGAAAAAAAAAACCCUGCAAGAUGGAUCUUUGUCCGUAAAGCAUUUUUGAAAAAGGAAGAACAAACCCAACAAAGUCCUUUUUUACACUGAAGUGUCACGGAAACAAGAAAAAACAAACAAAAAAACUAAAAUGUAUAUUUUGGUAGUCUUUAAAAACAAAACCUUUGUAAUAUUGUUAUUAAUAUUGACAUAAUAAUGAUAAUCUGUAAGGUAUUUUAUUCUGUAAUUGGUUUUAAAACAAUGUUUUUAUGUCUUCCUGUAAGAUAUUGUACAUAGACGUGGGGUGGGGUGGUGGGGUUACUGAACCAGCUGGCAUGUCAUUGGAUGGUUUAGAGAGGGUUAACAGCAAUUUGACUGGAUGUCAUUUGCUUUUAUCUGUGAUCAUCUCACUACUUUUAUCAGAAUGCAUAUGGCAUAUGCGUACACUGUGGGCCAGACUUGCAUUGCGUCACUUCAGCAGGUCGCUGUUGUCGACAGCUAUUGGCAAAUACGUUUCCAGGAGUUUCUCUGGCAUAUACGUUCGGUUUAUAAGCAGUUUUACUUCCAAAGCGCGCCCCUUUGUUUGCUUUAUAUCUUGAAAAGGCAAAUUUGAGUCUUGCAUCUUCAUGAUAACUUUCAGAUUGACAUGAUGAACUUAUGGAAGAAUCACAACCGUAAACAGGAGAAAUCAGGGGUUCUUGGGAUUGGGGGUUGACCUAACUUCCUCUUUUUGAAAAUAUUAUAUAUAUACAUAUAUAUAUAUUUUUGCGCAGUUCACUUCUUGAUGUUUUUGUUAAUUGUUUUCUUUUGAAAAAAAAGUUUCUUUUAUGCGGUGUUGUCCACCGUGAAAACAAAUGAAGGACAUUCUCAGAGAAAGCAGUUGUAGAAAAUCAUGAUCAUCUUCUGUCCUCUUAUCACUAUUGAAGGUGCAUGUGAUUGCGUCUGAGCGUGUGUGUGUGAGUGUGCGCAUACAUCAAAGUGUAAUAUGGAACUACUUCUGGCAACGAAGGAACAUUUUGAUUGCCUUUUUCUUUGGUACUGAAAAAAAAGAUCUCUCUGUUCCAUUUUGGUUCAUCUGCUCUUCUCCUCUGACUCUCCCAUUUCAUAUUUAGUUGUAAUAAGUUUGUGCUCCUCCGGAACCAACAUAUUAUUGUUUAUAUAUAGUUGCUGCUCUGUGUGGUGGUGAAAAGACAGGGAUUGGGUAGGGAACCAGAAAUGGAACAGGGUACUGCUCCCAGUCAGUUCUGAUAUAGGACCUCAAGACAACACUAGCUGGCAGGAAAAGUCAAAACGCUGGAACAAAUGGAGACUUUGCAAAAACAAGUAGCUUGUUUGUUCAGCCUUUCUUGCUGGAGCUUGUUUGAUGUUCAUUUCAGCAGAGAACUUCCUGAUCCAGUCAGUAGCUCCUCUGUCAGACAGGCUGGGACAUGAUUUAAAAAAAAAAAACUACUGCUGGACACCAACACUGUAACUUUUUAACUUACAAUAAAGCAAUAAGUUAUUUUUUACCUUACAAAUGAAAAUAUUACUAUUAUUGGUAAAAGCAGAUAACAGGUGGAAAAUUCUGCGGCAUUAAGACUUAUUUUCAGAAAAAAGAAACUAUAUUUUUCUGUUUUGUUCCCCCUUGUAUAUUGAUUUUAAUGUCUUUUGUUGUGUUACUGUAAGAAAAAGGGCCAAUGUUUUGAAUGCAGCUCUACGUGAGCUCAGAUAAAGUCAUUAGAGAUUUGGACUGUCCCCCGCCAAGAUAUCCUUUUUUUAAUUCUUUAUUUUUCUGACAAUUUCAAUUUAAAGAUCCUAAUAAAUUAUUCAAAAGUG